AUGAGGCUUUUAACCGCCACCAGUUCGAGAUCCUCUGCCCCCUCAUCGUCCACCACAAGCAAUGAAAAGCAUCUCAAGAUAGACACAGUGGAAUUCUCUACUCAACCUUACGCCAUCCUGUCACACACUUGGGACGAGCCUUCUGAGGUGACACUCCCGGAACUUCCGCUGUUCGCCAAUGCCGACGAGUGUUCAUUAUUGCAUGGAUUCCGGCGCUGCUUGAAAUAUCUACCCCUGGUACUCUGCAUAUACUUACUAGUAAGCGGAGGCAACUUCCAAUCUUCAAAAACCUCAGGAGCCAUCAUCCUACUCUUGCUCUCAACUUCCCUCUUCUUCACCCUACCCCUCACCGGCACCGAACCGAAAUCCAAAGCAACAGGCGCUCAAAACCUCGACCGCCUCCUUCAGCAGAAGAAAGCAGGCUAUGACAAGAUACAACACACCCUCCGCCUCGCCCGGCAGCACCGCCUCCGCCACGCCUGGGUAGAUACCUGCUGCAUUGACAAGACCUCCUCCUCGGAGCUCCAGGAGGCCAUCAACUCCAUGUACGCCUGGUACGCCGCAACAAAAGUCUGUUUCGUCUACCUCUCCGACUUGGACCCGGUGAGUGCUCAUGCGCAGCAGCAAGACUUGUUGGAAGCAGCUCUCCCCAAAUGCAGGUGGUUUACCCGGGGGUGGACCCUGCAGGAGCUCAUCGCGCCUGAGCAUGUCAUCUUCUUCGACAAAGGCUGGAACAAAGUCGGGACGAAGGCUAGUUUGAGCGGGCUGCUGUCUGGCAUCACUGGCAUACCGGAGGAGCUGCUGAGGGGAAAGAGGAAGCUGGAGCAGUAUUCGGUUGCUCAACGGCUGAGCUGGGCCUCGAAACGGGAGACGACCAAGCUGGAGGACAUGACGUACUGUUUGCUGGGGAUAUUUAGGGCCAACAUGUCGUUGUUGUACGGGGAGGGGGGGGAGAAGGCGUUUUACCGGCUGCAGGAGGCCAUUUUGGAGGGGACGGAGGCGGACCGGAGUUUGUUUCUUUGGACUGACAAGGAUGCCGACAGAAGCGUUCCUUGGGCUCCGGUGCUGGCGACGUCUCCUCGGUUCUUUGCAUCUGCUGGGAGGGUCGAGGCGUGCUGGACGGAUUCGAUAUACUCGAGUCUGAGCAUUGAGCCGAGGGGGAUUCGGCUCAAGGUGUCUUUGAUGUUCAAGCCCGGGAUGGUGGAUGGAGGAGGUGGUGCAGAGUGCGCCUUGGAUGUAGGCUGCAGCGCUGGAGAUGUUGCUGUCGGAAUUUUCGUCCGCAAGAUUUCUGGGGGGCGGUACAUGAGAUAUCAGCCUUGGAGGCUAGCCGAGUUGGGGAGAUGGUCUGGAUAUCGCGACUAUCAACCCGACCAGGACAAGAACAGAAUCUUGGUCGAAACGGCCCUCUUUGCAAAAAGAUUGCCGGAGGGAUACACAUUCUGUGAUGGCUUCAAUCCCGUCAUUGGAAACAGAUAUAGGGCACUCAAGCUCAGACUGCGGCCGUCAACUCCACAGCUCACAGUAGAUCGGUGUCGGGCUCUACCUAGAACUCACUGGGAUAUGCAUGACAAUGUUUUCAUCAGCACCAAUUACAAGAGUAAAGGGUGGUCAGUCUUCUUUAUCCACGGACGACUGGCCGACACAGAGAGGACGUGUAUACCGGUGAACCUGUUUCUAGCCUGUCUUCGCUGGAACACCGGAGAGCCAUUCGUCCUUAUUGGCAGCCUGGAUGACUUGACGCCAGAAACGAGGGUGUUCCUCGAGUACCUGCUAGAUUUCUUCGAGUUUGAAAGCUGUCGAAAGGCCGAGGCAAUUAUUCGGUCAGUCUUUGGUGGAAAAUGGGAUCCCUCCAAGAGGGAGAUCGAAACGUCAAUUGUGACCAAGAGCAAUAUGCCUCCAGCUACCGACCAGAUUGCCUUGCUGGAUAAAAGUCGGGCUUUCCAGACGAACGGUCCGACUACUCCGUCGGCUGAUUGGCAUUUUGAUGUUCCAGUCGGCCGACAGAAGGCUCGUGUCGAAGUGAGCGUGGAGCUGCGCGAAAAGUGGGAUCAUAAGAUAUGCCAGUUCAAUCCGAUUACAAUGCUGGACCUUCGACUGAGAGUGCUCGAGUAG